ACUCAGAGCUUAGCUACUCUUCAAUUCAAGCAUCAAUCCUCCACUCUCCCUCGGACUUUCUUCCAUACACACCGCAUCUCCAAUUCCUCUCUCAUCUAACUUUCCGGUCUCUCUUUUCUCAUUUUUGUAUAUAUAAACCCAAUCUCUCAACACCCAAUUCUCAGAUUUUUCCAUGGCGACCGUACCGCAAUCCAUCGCUAUCUCUUCCCUUUCCAAUCGCACGCAGUCCCUCCCGCCGGCGCUGACGUCAUCUCCGUCUCUUUCCCUCUCCGUCUGCCGGAAACCUGGUUCUUUCGCGGGAUUCUCUGGCCUCAGGAUCCAAUUGCCUUCCAACCGAUCCGUGUCUUCGUUCACCUCCAGAAAACCUAGGGCUCUUCGCCCAAGUGGUCAUAUUGUUUGCGAAGCGCAGGACACUGCUCUUGAUGUUCCUACUGUAACCGAUGCUACAUGGCAAUCACUUGUCCUCAAGGCUGAUGGGCCUGUUCUGGUUGAGUUUUGGGCUCCAUGGUGUGGGCCCUGCCGUAUGAUCCAUCCAGUAAUUGACGAACUAUCGAAGCAGUAUGCUGGGAAGCUCAAGUGCUUCAAGUUGAAUACUGAUGAUAGUCCUUCAAUGGCAACCCAAUACGGAAUUCGAAGCAUCCCAACAAUCAUGAUCUUCGUCAAUGGUGAGAAGAAAGAUGCAGUAAUUGGCGCUGUGCCCAAAACCACACUAACUGCCAGCAUUGAGAAAUUCUUGUAGAUCUUUCUCGAUUCCACUUUAUUCUUUUGAAAGUUUUUUCGUAUUGAGUUUGAAAAAUCUCUUGCCUUUUUGUAUAAUUUUGGAAGCUUCGUGUAUUAGGUUUUCUUUUAAUGAUAAAAUAAUCAUGUUUU